AUGCUGGGCGUGACCAGCCUUCUCAACGAGACGAGCAGCUACUCUGUAGCUCCAUGCGUUCAGAAGCUCGUGGCUGACGGUGCCAUGAAGGUUUUCAAUGAGAGCGACGGUCUUUUCCCUGGUGCGGUUUUCACCGGAAUGAACACCCUGAAGCCAUUCCCCAAGAACUAUGUCUCGCUGGACACGUCGACCGACCCUGGGCCUCUCAAGACUCUUGACAUCGUCAUUGACGAGACCUACCUGAUGACUGGCCCGUCAGGCUACAGCAUUGAUGCUUUUGCACUGAAUGCUGGCAUCUCUGUGACUGAUACCGCCACUUACAAGUUCCUCGCCACUCCCAAUGUCUGGAGCAUGUAUGGCCGCGCCACUGGAGCUCCCAACUACGCCACUGGUGCGCAUUUGCCCCAGGUGGUUCUUGCUGAGCUGAUCUCGAUCAUGCACCCUGGCGAUGUGGCCGUUCCCGAGAAGUACUAUUUCUACAAUGUUGCCCAGUUGGAGACGGGUGCCGUGGUCUCUGCAGCCGACUGCACAACCCUGGACCCUACAGAGGUUGUUAACCCCAUCAUCCCUGCCUGCUCAGCUACCAUUACUCCUGAGGUUCCAGGAACGGCAAACGCUCCUGCUACCCCUCCCAGCUCAUCCCCUCCCAGCUCGCCUCCUCCCAGCUCACCCCCUCCCAGCUCGCCCCCACCUGCCCCCAAGGCUGCUGCAUCCUCUGGCUCCCUGCUUGGCGCUGGUCUAGCUGCCCUUCUUGCUGCUACUAUUGCAGCAUUGGUCUAG